AUGAAUAUAAAGAGAUAAGUGCCUUAAACUUCUUUCUUUGAUAAUUAAAAAGGCCCUUUAUGGCAGAACACAACAGCGUCUCGCAAAAUCAAUGAAUCUAUUUAAGAAAAUUUCUAUGUGUACUCUAGCAAACAUAAAAUGUUUAAAGUAAAGACAUUGCAUUUGUAGAGUCAUUUCAUUUUUAAAAGAAAGAAGAAUGUAAAAAAUACAUAAUACAAUUAAAAGGGUUAAAAUCAAAUAGCUGACAUUCUAAAUGCAACUAUCUGUGAAGUAGAACAAUCAAAUUAUGGUGCAGGAAUUAGAAUUAUUAAAUCUGGUCAAACUAUUGAAAUAUAUGGCAUGACUAUAAUUUGGCUUUAAUAGUUAAGGUUUUUUUGUAUUCAGCAGGAUUUUGCAAGCAAAUAUUCUAUCAUCAGGUUACUUGGAAAAGGGACAUUUGGAAAAGUAUUAAAUUACUUUAUAAAUCUUAGGUGUACAAGAUAAAAUCUAGAAUUACAUAAUAAGACUUUGCUGUUAAAGUAUUUGAUAAGAAAGCAAUUUCUAAUUAUUAAGAUUAUUAGUUAAUAACAAAAGAGCUUUAAAUAAUUCGAAGCCUAAAUCAUCCAGGAAUAAUUAAAUUUUUUGAAACAUAUGAAAAUGAUGACCACAUUUUUUUAAUUUAUGAAAUGGUUGAAUAAGGAGAAUUAUAUGCUUUGUUAAAAGAAAGACAUCUUACAGAAGAUGAAUCCUUAUUAAUAAUCAAAUAAUUAUUAUAAGCAGUUCUUUAUAUUCAUUCUAAAGGUAUUUUACAUAGAGAUCUAAAGCCUUCAAAUCUUUUAAUGAGAGAUAGAAAUACUUUAUCAAUAGCGAUAGCAGAUUUUGGAUUAGCAGAAUUCUAUAGAGUUGAUGGUAAAUACAUUUAUACAAGAUGUGGAACACCAGGAUAUGUUGCUCCAGAAAUACUAUAGGAUAAAAUAUAUGACUAUAAAAUAGAUAUUUAUAGUGCAGGUGUCAUUCUUUUUAUGAUGCUAAGUGGUGGAAAAUCUCCUUUUACUAGUACAGAUCCAGAAGAAAAGUUAUUUCAAAAUUAUAAAAGUCUAAUUGAUUAUUCAUUAGUAUCUAAUGCUUCUGAAGCAGCUUAUAAUCUAUUAUAAAAUAUGCUUGAACCUGAUAGUUCUAAAAGAAUAUCAGCAAGAGCAGCCUUAAAUCAUUAAGUUUUUAGAAAUCAUAGAACCAGUAAAUGCACUAUUCUUAUUAAAAAAACUCCAAAAAGUAUUGAUAAAAUAUCCACUCCAAGACUUAUCAUAAAUACUAAUAACAAUUUAGAUAAAUAUUUAUAAUUAUCACCAAAAUUAUAAAAUUUACCAUAAAAACCUUUAAAUAAUAUGAAUAAGGAGGCCAUUAGAAGAGGAUUUUAAAAAAUGUAAACAUUUUCUCAUAGAUCUCCUUAACUUUCCCCGUUAUAAUCUUAAACAAAAUUCGAACCAUUCCCUUGAU